GGCAUUAAUGCUACACUAGCUGAAAAAUUGAUUGCCGAGCGAAACAAAGAUUAUCAAGUAGCAAAGCGUAUUUCGAAGUCAAUGGAACAAGUUACAAGAGGACUAAAUCGACAGGCAUGGGAGAAAAGUAACCCAUUAGGAACUGAAGAAUACUCACAUUUCGCCAAACGAGUAAUAUUUGCGUACGAGCAGGCUCUUUUAUGCCUUGGCUAUUAUCCGGAUAUGUGGUACGAAGCUGCGCUCUUCCGACAGCAAGCUGCCUCUGUAUUAGCUGAAAAAGGAGAUGUGAAAUUAUCAGCUUCGAUGAACACCGAUAUCACUCAACUAUUUGAACGUGCUGUGGGUGGACUUCUGAAAGAGAGUCAGCUUCUAUUUUUUGCGUAUGCUGAUUACGAGGAGGAGCGUAUGAAAUAUGAUAACGUAAAGAAAAUCUAUGAUCGACUUCUUGCGAUUGAAACUGCCGAUCCUACUCUGGCCUACAUACAGCUGAUGAAAUUCGUAAGACGAACAGAAGGCGUGCAGUAUGCACGUGCGGUUUUCAAACGAGCUCGUCAGGAUCCGCGCUGCAAGUUCCACAUAUACGAUACUGAUAUUGCGAUCCGUGUAUUUGAUAUGGGCCUAAAAAAGUAUGGCGAUGAGCCAGAAUACGCUCUUGCUUACGUUGAUUUCUUGUCCCAUUUGAACGAAGAUAACAAUACACGUGUCGUCCUGGAACGCAUAUUAACAUCGGAAUUGAUGAAGCCUGAGAAAUCAGUGGAGAUUUGGGAUCGAUAUUUGGAGUUUGAGUCACAUGUUGGUGAUCUGGCGAGUAUACUGAAAGUUGAUCAGAGGCGACGUGAGGCACUCAAAGAGCAGUACGGUGAGAUGCAGACGCUGUUGCUCAUUGAUCGAUAUAAGUUCCUGAAUCUCAAAAAAUUGGGACAAGGAUCAUCAUUGAUCGGACGUGCUUCAGCUGGUACUGUAUCCCUCUCAGCGAACGGUGUCCAAGCAACAGGUCAUACAAUUGUACGGCCGGCCGCAGCUGCAGGAGGGCCAUCUGUUGUGAUGGGCGGUGGUGUGAGUCUUGAAAUUUCUGGCUAUCCGCGACCCGACACUGAUCAAAUGAUUCCAUUCAAGCCAAAGCUGAAUACAGCAGCAAGUUAUCAUCCGGUGCCUGGAGGUGUUUUUCCGCCACCAGCUGCGGUUGCUCAGCUUAUGCAAAUGCUGCCGCCUCCUUGGUGCUUCAACGGCCCGUUUGUUUCUGUGGAUCUGCUUAUGGAAAGCUUAACAAAAUUCAGUCAGUCUGGACCACCAACAGUCGAUCCAAAAGUGAAACUGGAAAAUGGCACGAUGUUUGGGAUGCAGCGAAUUGAAGAUGUCAAAAAAGAAUUUUAUCAGUUAUUAAAUACAACAACGGACCCAAAUAUCGUCCUAGCAUCAAACGAAUUUCAACAGCACUCUGCACAGAGGAAAAGGAGGGCAGCUGGUGGAGAUUCGGACAGUGAUGAAGAAACCCCUCGUUCAACUGGUAUUGUCAAAGAUAUCUAUCGGAGGCGAAUGAAUCAGAAAGUGCAUGAGUGA